AUGCAGCUCGUGCUGCGGUCGGCGUCCUUGCACCCCCCGCCGACCACGAGCCUCGACGCCGCCGCGUCCUCCUCUUCCGGCGCAACCGCUAGCGUCGUGGCCUCCGAGCUCAUGGCCGUCAGCGCGGGCCUCGAUCUCGCCAUGCUGUGCGGGAGCAACACCAUUCGCGCCGUCAGCCUCAUGGACGUUCCCGACGCAGCGGCUCAUGCUCCCAGCAGCAGCAGUAGCAUCAGGACGCCAUCAUCAGCACAACAACGGCGCGUAGACGACCCGUUCCACACCGUGUCCUUCUCCGCGGACUGCGCGCCGAGACCAGGGGACGACAUCAUCCCCAGCGACUCCAUCCCGCCCAAGACCCCCAUCAAGGGGCUACAGUUCUCCCCCUCCGGCCACAGCCUGCUUAUCUGGGGCGAGAGCUAUGUCGCGGUUGCACGCCUCCCGCGCGCCGCCCGCACCACGAGCGGCAGCAACCCUACGCACGGGGUACCGCCGGCGACGCCCUUCUUCUCCCCGCCUCGGGAUCUAACUGUGAGCGACCGGUGGCCGGGGAUGGCGGAUGGCAACGGCAGCAGCGGUGACAAGAGCGCUAGGUGGAAGUGGACGCUGGUGGACAUGUCCGGGUACGCCGUGGACGUGAUGAGGCAGAGGAUCGUGCACGCCGCCUGGCACCCGGCAAGCGACGGGUGCGUGACACUGCUGACCGCCGGGAAGGACGACGUCUACGUGGCCGUCGCCGGGGUCGGGGCCAAGGCGUUCGUCAUGCUGCACGUGCCGGGCCGAGAGCGGCCGGAGCAGGUGUUGCCUAUCCCCGACGGGCCGAACGUGUCUCCGCCCGUCGCGCUGGCCCACAGCCACUGCCCCGGCUGGCAGCGCUUCACCAUUUGGAUCGCGAGGAAGGAUGGUUCGGUGGGCGCCCUGUGCCCUGUGGUGCCGCAAACCGCGAAGGUCGAUAGCGAGGAGCUGGUCGGGCUGUGGUCGGCCACGUGUGACACUUUGGUAGCUGCGCGAUGGGAUCAGGCACAUCACAGCGGGACGGACAGUCAGCAACAGAGCGCUCUGGACGAAGAGGUGGCACGGCUGGAGCAGCAGAAGGCGUGGCUCAGGGAAACGUUCAGCCACGUGUUCGAUGGACAGGACGAUGAUGGCACGGCGACAACGGUCCCAGGAGGGGGAGCGUUGGUAGCCCGAACCCCUCGCCACCUCGUGCUCCAGGACCGCAUCCUUGCUGGGAGGACCGGCGAAAACGCCGGCGCCGCGUGCGGCUUGGCCGUGCUCCAGGGAGUGGGCGGUGGGGCGGGGGGGGAUGCCGCGGAGGCGGCAGCCGCCCCGCCGCCGGUGGUGCUGGCGGUGGCGUACAGGGAGGGGUGGGUGGACAUCGCGCUGGUGCCGGCGGGCGUCAGUCCCAGGUGGUCCGAACGCGCCGGCCAGCGCGUCUCGUGCGCCGCCGCCGCGGCCGGGGGGGCGGAAGAGACAUCGGGGGCCGUCCUGGAGAGCCUGGAUCUGGCCGAGCGCGUGGAGGACAAGACCGCCAGGAGGAGGCAGGGACUAUCGCUCUCGGCGGGGGGGUCGGCGUCGUGGACGCUCCUGGCCGCCACGCCGUGCAGGGUGGUCUCUGUCACGGUGAAGUGGGCGGGUCGCAUCCAGAGGGCGACGGAGCGCGCGAGGGAGCGCGCCGCCCAGGAUCGACCGGGAACGAGCAGCAGUUCCGGCAGCGGCCGCCUGGACGGAGAUCUGCGAGCGGUGUUGCGCGAGCGGCCGGACUCCCAAGUCAACGAGGUUCUCUUUGUGCCCCGUUGCUCGUCCGGGCGUAUCGUAGGGGUUGUCCCCGUCGACAGUCCCAUCGUCGGGCACUUGGCGAUGGCGAGGCUGGCCGGGGGGCAUGUGGAGAUGGUCAACGUGGGCGUCAUGACCCUGCAGGCCACAGAGGUUGCCUCCGCCGCGAAACGCGCGGAAGCCCAGGACACGCCGGGGAGAGGGGACAUGCUUCCCCGCUUUGAGGCGGCGUUGCAAAAGGCGAAGAAGGACAUCGGCGAGCUGCAGGCCAACAGACCCUUGGCAUUGGCGGUGGGCCACCUGAAGAUGUCCCAGCUUGACCAGAAUGGGGUCCGCGUUGUCGAGGAGCAGGCCGACAGGCUAGUCGACGGCGGCGUAGUCGUGUUAGAGAAGCUGCACCUCAAGAUGAGUACGCGACUCGAAACUCUUACGGAGGUGUACGAGCACCAAACGGGCCUAGUGAAGGGGAUGGCGAAGGAGAUCGCGCGCCUGAGGAACGGGCAGGAGGACAAAGCGGAAUGGGCGGAGGAGAUCAACGGCCUGGCCGACGAGCAGAGGGUGAGGUCGGCCGGUGUCCUCGCGGUCGCGCAGGCGACAAGGCCGAACGUCUCGCCCGCCGAGCGCGCCUUCAUGUCGGAGAUGAAGGAAAUGGAGAACUACACCGACCGACAGCAGGUGAUGAUUGAACCCGCGGCGAAGCAAGUCGAAGAGCUGUGCAUGGCGGAGCGGGAGGCCGAAGACUUCCUCGUGCGGGAAGCGCAGGGAUUAGGGACCGGCGGCAGGGGGGCGGGGGCGGGGUUGUCAGAGCGGGAGACGAGGGACGUUUGGAAUAUGCUCCAGGCCGACAGGGAGAGGAUCUUGAACCUCGUCCGGCGGAUGAAGACGGCCCUCGCUCGCCUCGACGAGCUCGGCGUUCGGAAAGAUGAAUAAGUUGAUGAAUAGUUGUUCUUGUGCGGGUGUUUUGUUGGUGGUGGUGUGCUUCUAUUUUGUUGCUCUUGAGCUGCGCGGAGAAGAUUUUCCCUUUGUCGCUUCUAUUUCCAUCGUGUUGUUUUCUCUAGUGAGGCAAACCAGGCUGCCGCCCUCACAGUCUCGCGAACGUGCUGUCGGUGAUUUUCUUCGCUACUCUCUUGGUUCUCUCGGGGUCUCUUGUAAGACACGGCAUCGGCAUUGUAACACGUGCCAUCGUAGGAGGCAACAGCAUCGGCUCCCCUGGAAGACGUGACUUUAGCGUGUUCCACCGGGGAGCUGCGAUCGGGCGAGGUGGUGACUACAUAAUUCUCCUGCUGUGAUUUUCGUGUGUGCGGCUUUGCUGGUGGUUCAAUAGAGAGGUUGAUAUCUUAAUGGUUGAUUUCCGGACUGAUAUUCCUUGCCGAUAUCAAUCGGAGGCUGAUGUUGCGUUGGUGAACCUUCGUGGUUAUGGCACCACCCUUGUUGCGCCACCCUGUAAAAUUUUUCACGCCCUGUACAAAUAUCAAAUGUAA